AUGGAUUGUGUUGCUUUAGCUUCUCUGAUUGCAACAAUCAAGCUUGAGUUUCUACAACCCUUCCCAAGGAUCCCUCUUCAUCAUCAAGAACCAAUAAUCCAUUCUUUCUUGCAAAUGAUUUCUUCUUUGCAAGCCUUUCUAAAGGAAUCCAGGGCUGCUGCUGCAAUCAAGGAUUUGGAAAUCGAAAUCAGAGACUUUGCACUCAAAGCCGAAGACAACAUCGAAAUACAGCUAAGCAACUUUGUGUUGGCCAAAGACAAAGAGGAUGAGGAAAAAGCUUCCCAGCAACUCCAUCAAGCCUUGCAAGAAGCAGCAGAAAGCGCAUCAGAGUUGUUGAGUAUUAUCGACAAGGUAAGCAAUGAAGCGGAUGAUGAGGAGAAUGAAAUUCAACCAUCAAUUCAUCAUUGGCUAAAGCGUUCUUAUUCGGAGUUUGAGAAUGAUAAAUUUGAUGGAUCCUCACCGUGCUUUCCUGAGCUUGUGGGUGGAAAAAUGGUGGGUCGUCACCAUGAUCGUGAAGAGAUAAUCAACAAUCUCAUGCCAAUGUUAAAUCACUUCUUCUCCAGCUCCUACUUCGUACCCCCUUUAAAUAAUUAA